CCCAAGAUAUUAAAGUAGUUGAAAAAAAUUGAAAAAAUUACAUAGUAGGUUUAUUAUAACUCACAUUAUUUUAAGUUUAAAUAGUUAACUUAUGUCCCCAAACAAAAUUUAUAAUACAUUCACUUUUCUGGCUUUAAGGGAAGAAAACUCGUCAAUAAUAUUUUCAUCAUAUGCUUUUGAGAAAAAAGUUAACCAUUAAAAAUACAUGAAAAUAUAUGCAUGGCGGCAACGUAUUUUUCCUUUCGCUCCUAUAUAAAUGGCUCAGCACAGCACUCUCAAAUUCUGUCUUUAUUUCAAAUUUCGAUAUUUUGCUCACCGUGAAUUUUGUUUUCAUUCAUUUUGAUCUUGCAUUAAAAUAGUCUUUAUCUUGAUGACUGAGCAUUUUGGCACCGCCCCCUCCCCCCUUAAAUUUUGUGCCCAAGGUGAGCCCCUUAAUCUAUCUUACCCUAACCCGGGCCCAUUGUCAUUUGAUCUUAAAACUAAGCAGACACCAUAAACUGCUCGCUUACUGAGCAGCCUCACCCAAGAAGAAAUGAAUUCCUUCCCUUUCUUCUCUGCCUUUUGGGAUCACUCCAUCUUUUGAGUUGCAGGGCAGGAAAGAGCGUGCUCUUGAAUUCACCCCAGGAGUGCCUGACUACAGUCUUCCUGCAGAGGGCGCUGUGCAUGCCCAGGUGCCUCAGUAGGAAGCUGUGUUAGGUAGCAUCCGGCUGGUUGCCCAUCAGGUCUUGCCUGUCCCUGGCAGUGGGGUUGUGAUGAAAUCAUUGACUCUUUCUUUGCCUCCAGGGCUACAAUGCAUCUAUUAAUAUUAUCCUUAAAUAACCUAUCUGAUCCCAGACAAACGCCAAACAGAGCUCAGCUCCUCUGCUCUGUAGGUGGCCAUAAAACCCAGACAAUUUUCCCCAGGUGUUUUUGAUGGCACGGCCACAACUUCUGUGAGAUUCUGUUUUCCCCGGUUCCCCCACAGGUCUCGUGGAACCAGAAGGGUGAGCCGCAUACGCAUUCUGGAAGGGAAGGCUAUGCGCGUCAAUUCCCUAAAAUGUGCAUUAAUCUUUUCCCCAAAACGCCAUCCUCUACUCACUGCAAGUUCCCGGUGUCCUGGGUCUUAUCUGCUGGGCAGUGAUGGUGGAGCUGGGAUGGGGGCAGAACAAAAGAACCCCGACCCGUAGCACCAGCUCGCACUCAGAGCCUGAACGGCGCCUGAAGGCUUCCCUUCACGGAGGCUCGGCAGUUUUGCUUAGUAAGUUGCACGGAUGGGCCACGCUGUUUGCAGGCAGAUAAGGCUGUUCCGUUUCCCCUCAGUGGACACCUGGGGAAGGCACGCCCCUGGCGGCUGGAUUGGCUUCUGAUGCAUCGGAUGGAGACAUCAGUAAGUCACGCUCUUUCCUUUGAAUCCCCAGCUCCUGCCGUCUCCAGAUUCCAGGCGUAAGAUGAAAGGCUCGGGUCUGGCAUUCAGCCUUCUGUCUGCUAUGUUUUACCUCCUCUGGACUCCUUCUACCGGGCUGAAGACUCUUCAUUUGGGAAGCUGUGUGAUCACCACCAACCUUCAGGAAAUACAAAGUGGAUUUUCUGCAAUACGGGACAGUGUGCAAGCCAGAGAUGGAAACAUUGACACGAGGAUCUUAAGGAGGAUGGGGUCUUUGCAAGACACAAAGCCUGCAGAUCGGUGCUGCCUCCUCCGUCAUUUGCUGAGGCUCUAUCUGGACAGGGUAUUUAAAAACUACCAGACCUCCGACCACCACACCCUCCGGAAGAUCAGCAGUCUCGCCAAUGCCUUCCUCGCCAUCAAGAAGGACCUCCGGCUCUGUCAUGCCCACGUGACCUGCCAUUGUGGGGAGGAUGCAACGAAAAAGUACAGCCGUAUUCUGAGUCACUUCGAAGAGCUCGAGCCUCAGGCGGCAGUGGUGAAGGCGUUGGGGGAACUAGACAUUCUUCUGCGAUGGAUGGAGGAGACAGAAUAGCACGGAAGCCAUGCUGCUGCUGAGAGCACUCCAGGCCAUGAGUCCCCGUCCUCCGUACCUGUGCAGGCACGGCCCACGCCACCAUCUCUUUGCCCUAGCAACUUAGUGCUGGUCACAGUGUAUCUUAUUUAUUAUUUGUUUCCAUAUGUGGUUGUCUUUAUGUGUCUCCAGUCUUAAUUUAGACCACACUUUUAUAAGAUUUUCAUAACAUCUUUUCUACUGUUGGA